AUGUUAAAGACUUUGUGGGUAUUAGCUAGUUUUGCUGUAAUAUGUAUUUCCGGUCAAAGGGCAGCCAGUAAUGCAGAUCUGGAGGAUGCAGAGGAUUAUUUUAUUAAAAUUAUGAACGCAAUGGUUACAGAGUUAGAAGAAAAUUAUGGAUGGUGGAAUUUGAAGUUACUAGACGUUAGUCAGACGCUUAACGAGCACAUGUAUAACUGGCAUGUAGCCGGUAGAGUCAACUACACAAAUGGAUUCGUCGUGUCCAUUGAGGAAAUGGAGCUGUUGAAUAUCAGGAAAGGAGUUCAAACGACUGUAACAACCAGUAAUACCACAGAGUGGACUGGCUUAGUAUGGGGUGACCUUAAACUUUUAAACGUGAAGGUCGGUUUGGACGUCAUAGUCCAAUUGGAUGGUCAACCUGUUCAGUAUUACACAGGAACUUACACGCACUCCGAAAUUACGAUCACGUGUACGAUUAGAAAAAAUUUUAGUCUAAACGAGUACAAUGUGGUUGCUCAAGUAACGAAUAUGAGAACAGGCACCGGAGUCAGAAUGAUAUACAUGCCCGCGAAUCACGUCACUGAAGUGCUUUCAAGACGAUACGUGCCAUCCAACAACUGGGAUGGUGCUACAACAUGGUGCCGCGGGGCAAUCCAACCCAUUCUUUUAGCACUAACAGAGAAAAUACCUUUUCCAAAUGUUUGUUUCGCUUGUUCUAAUUGA